GCUCAGUAGACUCCGAAAGGUAGCGGUUGUAGCACGGUCGUCAAAAAAUCAAAAUGUUCAAACAAAUCGUAGCGGUGGUGCUGUUGUUUUCAGCAGUUGCCCAAGGCUUGCAAACUAUUCAAUGCUCCAACAAUCGGCCUGGACCACAGGAAGUUAUCAUACCGGGAUGCAGUAGCCUGCCUUGCUCGGUUCCGAACCAGUCGGACUUCAACUUUAGCGUACGUUUUGCACCGACCUUCCCCACCAACACUCUGACCGUGGACGUACGUGCUUCACUGUUGGGCCUUUUCCUGCCGUACGAGGUACCCGAACAUCUGCGCAAUGGAUGCAACAACAUCAACCAGUCCUGUCCACUAACUGCGGGUCAGACUGUAACGCUUACGGGUAAUGCGCCGGUAGAGGCUCCGUUGACGGGUGUCACGGUUACCAUGGAAUUCGAAAUUACUGGCGACGGUGGCCAGGUUGCCGUUUGCUUUGCUGCUACAGUGACGCUGCUUUAAGACAUUAUAAGCAUGU